UAGGCAAAGGCCUGUGUAUGAUGAUUUGCCCUUGCGAAAGUCUACGAUGCGAGAGUUGGGAGUGGAAGGGUGAACCUCUCGAAUGCGUCGUGAGCGGAAGGUCGAGCCUACACGCUGGAAUGGUUGGAGAAGCUCCCUCGUCCCCCCACGGUCCCUCAGACGCUGAACUCAAGCUUGGUGAUGGGGAGGAUGGAGGGAUGGGAACCGGUGAAGGGGCAUACGAACUAGAACUAGGCGGGACAGUCGGUAACAAAAGAGGUGAGAGCAGUGAAUGACUGGAGUGGCGCGACGAUGAUCGGGAACUCGAGCUCGAUGAUGCCCAUUCUAAUUCUUGCUGGCUGACCCUGUCACUGGGAGGUGGGAGCCUUUGGUAUCUGCAUAGCUCCUCCUCCGCAUCUGUAACAAUAUCGUAACUCGAGGAGGGUCGUGGAGAAGGUGGAAGUGAUCCAUAAUCCGAAGAUUGGCAAGAUGACGAUGAGGACGCCAUGUCGAUAGCGAAUGGUGAUAUGUCGUCCACAUGCUC